UUUUAUUAUUUUAUUUCUAGAGAUAAACUACUUCCGCUACAAAGUGGCUUAAGGUUGCUAUAACUACGUUUGAAGAUGGCGGCCGAAACAGAAAAUAAUAAUAUUGGGCCUAACGAAGAAGCACAUCGUACAUCACUGCUUGAGUUGCUCGAAGACAGAAAUCGAAGCUUAAAUAGGAAAUAUCUUGUUCAUCGGCUAGUGUACAUUUCAAAGAUCAGUUCUACAAAUGUUGAUAGAAAUACUAUCGGCAGUUAUUAUGAGUCAUUUAUGAAAAAACUUCAACAGGAUUACUCAGGCAGUGAACCAAUAACCGGACUCAUGCUGAUCUAUCUUAAACACAUUGUUCAUGUCGUUGAGACAUCUUCAGAUGUGAUUCUAAAAAUUGUAGAAGAUUUGCUCAGGAAUGAAACAGAAACUGAUUCCUUUGUUUCAAAGUCAAAAAUUUUAGUUAUUUCACAUGAUAUUACUAUUCGGCUUUACUCUCAAUGGUCAUACAGAACACUAGAUAUAGUGGAACAUGGCAUUGAAGCAUUUGACACCAAAGAGUCUUUUGAGAAUCUCAUUGUUGACCUCCUCACACAGCUUCUUAAGCUUGGCGUUUUUCUUUACAAGCAACCAAAGCCAAACUUGAAAAAUGCUAUGGAUUCUUUGCAUGAUAAAGUUCCAGACCUUCUUCCUCAGCAAUCUGUCGUUCAUUAUUUGUUAGAAGAAUCUGAUGGUAGUAUGAUUACACCUAAAGAAUUUGUUGACUUGCAUGAGAAACCUUUUGAUACUUAUUUGGAGAGUGAUAUGGUGUGGCCAAUACCUAUAAGAUUGUUUCCAUACAAUUAGUCAAAGAUCGGGUGUGCCGAUUCAUUUGUUAUAAUAAUGCUACCACUUUAGUUUCUAUCAAAGCAACAGAGGAAAUGUGUGAAACUUUAAGAAGUGCCAUUUGCUGAUUGUUUUUCUUCCACUACUUCAAUAAACAAUUUAUGCAAUCAAAACUGGCAUAAUUUCCAUUCAGCUUCAAGGACAUCCCAGAAAGUUACCAAUUCAAUAAUCUUCAAUAUGAUGGCCUAAAUUAAUCUAGUAAUAAUCAAAGCAAACCAUGAACAAAAAGUUGCUUUGGCACUAUCACCACAUGUUUUCAGAAAUAAAGGCCAUUUUAAAACUACUGAUUAUGAAAUUAAAAUAUUCAUUUUUUU